AAAGAGCCUCUGAUCAAGGCAUUUGGAUCAAUGAUGAUCGAAAAAAGCGGACCAAAAGACAGCCAGUUCAUUUCUCAGAAAAUGAGAGAGCUUGGUCGCUUAGUAGAAGGUUUUUUGUUGGUUGAGAAAAGUAAAAACGUCCAGUUGUCUAACUUCAUCAAGCCCGAGAAGUUUGAUAUGGUUGUCACAGCUGUACAUAUUAUCACUGGAUUCAAUUCACAAAAUGAUCAGCUCAAAGUGAGCAUUCCAUCACUGGCAUUGAAAGUGGGUUACUCGAUACAAAAAUGUGCUUCCAUUUUAAGUGGUUUAGGCUUUGCGUAUGUAGGAUGA